AUGAUUCUACCAUUUUUUAUAUUGACUAUUAAUUCUAUAAAAGGAACCCUUGUCAAGAGACAUCGCAUCGCAAAACCACCGCCAAACGAUCACCUCUUCUACACUGUCCACGACUUCAAUGUGGGCAUGGACUUGGAGCUCUACGGUCGUAAGAUUCGGUUGGUGGCCUGCGAUAAGUUUACGGAGAACUUUUUGCGUAAACUGGGCGUGCGGGUGAAUGAACCGGAGCCUGUCCCGGAAGAUCCCUAUACGUCCCUUCGUCUGGGGAUCAGCGAGGCUAUGCAACCAAAGAGGCCGUACUCACCCGUUGACAAACUGCGCAAGUUCUUGGAUCACGACAGGCACGUACUGCGAUUCAACUGCUUUUGGGACGAUACUGAGUCGUUGUAUGGUGAUGCUCGAGAAAUGAUCUUACACUACUUCCUAGGUGAGUCUACAAAGUUUGACCAGCACCGAAUACAUUCUGACCGCACACUAAUCCCUUCCCUGGGGGGAGGGGAUUUUGAGGCACCUUGUUUAACUUGCAUGAUUACCUACUUAUUCCGUAACAGUAAGUAUGUUUUGCUUUGCUGCUUUGGCGUCAGCUGUUUUACUUACCGUUUUUAA